AUGAUAAGCCUCGCAAUCUUCGACUUCGACGGCACCCUCUUCGAUACCCACGAAUCCAUCUCUCAAACCAUAAAACUCACCUUCGAUGCCCUCCUCCCCACCCACCCCCCUCCCCAACCCGAAAUCCACCAUCUGAUCGCCAGUGGCGCCGGCCUAGCAGAUACCUUCAAAGCCCUACAUCCCUCCCCGGCCGAAUUCACUACGACCGUUGAGAACGAAUGGAUUGAAAAAUACCGUGCUCUGUAUGCUACCCACGGCCAACUCCUCAUCAAGGCCUUCCCCGGCGCCAAGGAUCUCUUGACCGAACUCAAUGCCCACAAAAUCCCCAUCGCUAUCGUUAGUAACAAGGGUGUAGCCGCUGUGAAAACGGCGCUGGAACGGAAUGGUCUGGAUGGCUAUGUUCCUGAGGAUUUAACCAUCGGCGAUAAGACACCUGGGGCGAAGCGCAAGCCCGAUCCUGCGAGUUUUGUGAAUGUUCUCGUUCCUGUCUUGAAGGAGAAAUAUGGGGUGGACGGGAUUGAUCCAGGGGAAGUGCUUGUGGUGGGUGAUACAGUGGCGGAUGUUCAAUUCGCCGCGAAUAUUAAGAGCAAGGUUUGCUGGUGUCGGUAUGGGUACGGAGAUCAGGAGGCUUGUCAGGAAUUGAAGCCGGAUUUUAUGGUCGAUUCUUUGGGGGAGGUCGUGGGAAUUGUGAAGGCUUAA